CAACGCUUUUAUCUCAGAUAUUAUCCACCUGGUAUAACCUUGGAAUAUGUGAAGAGAGGAUGCUUGAGGUCAAAAUCGAUUGACCUUUUCGAUUUAACUCCAGAAACAAAUCCAGAUGAGUUGGUGGCUGUAAUCAGGCAAUCAGAGCCUCUGAUCACAGAGCCCCGGGUGGAUGAGGUCAAGCAGCUGAUCCUUCGACUUCAGCAGAAACAAGGGCAGAAGAACCACGGGUUCUGUUUCUUUAAGGAGCUGAAUACACAUGUCCUUCCACUGACAAAUGUUGCCUUUGACAAAUCAGGUUCAAGGUUUAUAACUGGAAGCUAUGACAGGACAUGUCGAGUUUGGGACAAAGUCUCAGGCACAGAGCUGCACCGGCUAGAGGGUCACAGAAAUGUGGUGUAUGCAGUUGCAUUCAACAACCCCUACGGAGACAAGAUUGCCACCGGCUCUUUUGAUAAGACCUGCAAACUGUGGUCUGCUGAGACAGGCUUAUGUUUCCACACCUUUCGCGGACAUGUGGCUGAAAUAGUGUGUCUGGCAUUCAACCCCCAGAGUACACUGGUGGCCACAGGCAGCAUGGAUUGUACUGCCAAGCUGUGGGACAUCGAGACUGGAGAGGAAGUGGCAGCUCUGAAUGGUCACACUGGAGAGGUCAUCUCGCUUUGCUUUAACACAGAGGGAAGUCAGCUUGCCACCGGCUCCUUUGACCACACAGUAUCUGUAUGGGAGGUGGCUUCAGGAGAACGUGUCCACACUCUGUUUGGUCACAUGGGGGAAAUCAGCAACGUCCAGUUUAACUGGGAUUGCUCCCUCAUAGUCACAGCCUCUAUGGACAAAACCUGCAAGUUGUGGGAGGUGGUCAGUGGAAAGUGUAUUGCCACUCUGGGUGAACACAAAGAAGAAGUUCUGGAUGCGUGUUUUGAUUUACGUGGCCAACUCAUUGCUACUGCCUCUGCUGAUGGUACAGCAUGUGUGUUCAGUGCAACAACACAUCAAUUACUUGUGACCCUAGAGGGCCAUGAUGGAGAGAUAUCAAAAAUCUGUUUCAGCCCGCAGGGCAGCAGAAUCCUGACUGCCAGCUCAGACAAGACAGCUCGUCUGUGGGAUGUUCAGUCUGGGAGCUGCCUACAAGUUCUGGAUGGGCACAGGGAUGAGGUCUUCUCCUUCUUCAACUACGAGGGUGAUACUAUCAUUACAGGAAGCAAGGAUAACACAUGCCGGAUCUGGUACUGAUCCUUCCCAUGACCAUUUAGAAGCAGGCGGCAAAUACCUGGACACGGUAUUCGAUGAUGAGAAUGAUGGAUGAUGGCUGUUGUACUACGCUCUAACUGCAUCUGUUAUGUUCUUUGGAGAAAAAAUAGAAAACAGUGUAAAACAAAUGUGUAAAGGUGUCCAAUGUAACAGUGUUAUGAGUAUUCAAGACCACUUGUAUUUCACAUCACAGAGAUUUAUUUAUGUCAAAAGAUAAAUACAUUCAGUUCUACCGUGUAACAGAG